CUCAAAUGUUGCUAAGUGACUUCUGAGGCUGUGUCAUGAAAGACAUAGCUUUUACCUUGUUCUUCCUAUCUCUGAAUCUCUUGUUCUUGUUGAAGCCAGACACUGUGUUGUGGGGACACUAAAACCGCCCGGUAGAGAGGCCAACCCAUGGAGAGGUCACAGGGAAAGGAACCAAUUUGCCAGCCAGAAAUCCUUAUGAGGCAAUGGCCCCAAAGCUGACAAUGACUUUACCCCAGCCCUUUUACAACUCUCGUGAGACUGAGGGAUGCUUCUACUGCUUCUAGGUGGAACCCUGGGAAGCAGCUUGGAUUCUGCUUUAGAAGUUACACCAUUUGUCCCAUGGACCAUAUUUUUCUCACUGAUCCAGAAGGAAAGUAGAAGGAAAACACUGAUGUUCAUAAAAUAAGUCUGCUUAGUGGCCUAUCUUGGUUUGUUUAUGCUUUGUGUCUCAUAUCAAGUUGAUGAACGGACAUGUAUCCAGUUUGCUAUGAAACUGUUCUACUUUUUGCUGAGUGCCCUUGGCUUGAUGGUCUGUGUGCUGGCGGCAGCGUUUGCUGCCCACCACUAUUCACAACUUGCCCAGUUUACCUGUGGAACCGCACUCGACUCCUGCCAGUGCAAACUGCCCUCCCUGGAGCCACUCAGCAGGACCUUUGUGUAUCGGGAUGUGACUGACUGUACCAGCAUCACUGGCACUUUCAAACUGUUCUUACUCAUCCAGAUGAUUCUUAACUUGGUCUGUGGCCUUGUGUGCUCGUUGGCCUGCUUUGUGAUGUGGAAACACAGGUACCAGGUCUUUUAUGUGGGUGACAGGAUGUGCUCCCUGAUGACUUCCGAAGGCCAACAGCAAAAAGUCUAACAUUCUUACUCAAAUGUGGGCGAGAAAACAGCACAACGAUGAGCUGAGGUUAAAAACAAAAGAGAGAGAGGGAGAGCGAAAGACAAGGAGGAAAGAAAAAGUUUUUACAGUAACUAAUAUUCACUGUUCUAAAUGAAUAUUUUUAUAUUUUUCAGGAAACGAAAGAGCAUUUCUUCAGGUUUCUAUAGUAUUUUUUACAAAUUCUUAUGGGAAAAAUAAGAUCCAAAUUGACUUUGGGAUAUUGAAAGAACACGAAACAGGGAAAGGAUAGCACAGCUCUAUCUUUAUAGUUGGGUUUAUUUCUAAUAUUCAUUUUACCCAUUACUUUUACGAUGUCUUUCCUGUUAGUUUGAUGAUGUGAAUUGACAUGUCAGGCCCACUUGCUAGAUUUUGUAGUUUUUUUCCAGGCCUUCCCACCUCCCACAAGGAUAUCCUCCGUACGUCUGGGAGAAAGCUGGGGGCUGGGGGGAGUGCUGAAGGAACAGGUUGACUAUUUUCCCUGGUGGAGAUGUCAUCAAGAAUGAGACAACUUAAAUGAGCAGUGUAGAAAAGGAGAUGACAUUGCAAAAAGCUAAAUCAUUAUUAGCACCUGUGCUGGGGUGGUGGUUCUCUCCUCAGCCUCCUCAGUUUGACUCUGUAAGCAGAUUACUUAUAAAUGCUUCAGCUGAUUGUCUGCUUCUCAAUUGAAAAUUGGUGGUAAUUGUAGUCUUCAUGAUGUAGAAGGUUUAAAAAUAAUUACGUUAUGCUCCUAUUCUAUCAUCUAAAACAAAUCAUUAAAACCAAUUUCUAGCUAAUUGUUAAUUAUAAUUAUGCUCAGAAGUCUAUUUAAUGAGGCCUGGCUGUACUUACGUAGCACACUUUGUAUUAGGAGAAAUUAUUCUCACAAGAGAGGAGGCUUAAAGAUUCUUUCUUCUGAAAGCUAAGCUUUAUAAAGGAGAAAAAAAUUUUUUUAAUUAAUAGCUCAGGUUAAAUAUACUCAUUUAAGCAAAAACAAGAGCAUUUGUAGCGGGAAUGUUUAUACAAAUAGCACAUUUGUGAUAUGUUGUAAAGUAUCUCUCUUGGCAGCUAAGUACUUUUGAGGAAGAGUGGGUAAUGCCAAUGUGUUCCAUUCAUGAAAUUGUAUCUGAUAGGUAAUCCUAUUAUUGAAUUGUAUGCACAGUCAACUGAGAGACUGAAAUUAAUGUUUCAAAGUCCUUAUUUGACCAUUUGCACAUUGACUUGAGGGGAGUUUUGUUUUUAGUUGACUGUGACUUAAAAAAGCACAAGUGCCCUAUGGUGGGAGGCUUUUCUCUUUUCUUACUGUUAUUAGUAAAUUUGGAACAAUAUCAGUGUUUUAAGAAAGGCGCUUAGAAUGCAAAUUAAUGCAGCAUAAAUGUUAUCGAGAACGUUUCUCUCUUAGUAUGCUCUUUAUAAAGUAGAAAUUCAAGGUUGUAAUUGAGCUCAGCUUGCCUCUGCAUUGCUUAUUGAUACACUUUACUAAUCAUGAAAUUCUACCCUAAAACACAAACCAUUUUAUUGUUUGCCUUAGCAGAUAGAUAAAUAAUUCCACUGACUGUAAUAAUAGUGUCUAUUUCUACACAAUACUGAUACCCAAAUAAAAAGGAAAACGUUAAGUCAGUUAGUUGGAGGAUUGUAAGUAUCUUUUAUGUCCUCCAGAUAAAACACCUGAUUAGCAGAUGUUAAAACCUUUUUAUGUAUUAUUUACUUGCUUUAAAAAUGGCCUUCCUACAUACUAGCUCAGGCCAAGAAGGCACAUUGGAGGGCUUAGAGGAUAGGACUCAGGAGCAGAUGUUCGAUCUCACAUGAAAAUUACGUUUCCAGAACACCAAACAUCCUGAUGAUGACCUGAAAAGUAUUUUGUACUCUGUUAAAAAAAAAUCCCUAUAUUUUGAUUUGGACAGUUUUUUACAUAAAGAGGAAAAUGACUGAGAAUCUGAAAUAUCAUAGUCCAUUCUUUAAAGAGUGAGAAACUAGUGCUUCAGUGCUAAUUACUAUGAAUCAGGCACCACUGGAAAGCACACCCUGAAUACCUUUAAACAACUUUUUAUAGAAAACACUACAGAUUUUUAUAUUAGAAAAUUAGAAUUCUUCACAUCACUAAGGUGCUCUAUGCUUUACAAUGAUUUACAGGGUAUUUCAAAUAGAAUAACUUUAGCUAAUGUGCUUCCUUUUUCUAAAUAAUGCAACCAGUAAGAAUUGACAUGGUGAUAAGCUUGAUAAUAAUCAGGAUCGAUCUAUCUAUCUAUCUAUCUAUCUAUCUAUCUAUCUUACAUAUCAAUGUAUGAUAGAUAGAUAGAUAAUGGGGAUUUUGCUGUUGUGCAAUUGAAUCAUUCUUAAAUGUCCAAAGAACAAAAACAUUGUAAGUGAAAGAAGGAACAAAAGAGAAAAAAAGAGAAAGAAACAAAGACUCCUGUUCUGCAAACUCACUGUGUAUUGACAUAUGUAAGAACCGUAUUGCAUGAAUAACAAACUGCUUCGGGCUGGAUUUGAAGUAUUUUGAGUUUUUGUUUUGCAAAUAUUGAAGUUACAAUACCGGCAACAGAAAAGGAACAGAUACACAGUUUUACACUUAGCAAAAUGUUGCUUUUAAAAUCUGACAAGGAGCCAAGAUGGUGACUGUCUCCUCUAAACCAUAAAACGGUAAGAUUUGCGCAAUCUUCCUCCUCUUCCACCUCCUCCAGGAGAAUUAAAUGAAUCAAGACUUUGGAAAGAGGGGGAGCAGCCGGGACUUGGCAGUACUUGAAAUAGGAGGAAUACAGCAGCCUAAAUGUACAGACUUUGUAACGGAGCCCACUCGAUCUGUCUGUGCCUUCACGUGACCACCAUCUGUGCCUCCCUCAUUCCAUCCAAAUUUGUGUAGGCAGCUCCUUGGAGCCAUGCCUAAAAAUAUAGCUACACCAGGCCCUAGAAACUGUAGUCAAGUAACAGGCCUCACUUUUUCCCCCCUCUUUGGAUUAAAAGACUAUAUGAUCUCUUUUGAGGGGUUUCCAGCUGCACACAUCAGUGUGUUGUUUUGACAGUGUGAACCCAUUAUAUACGUGUUUUCUAUUCAUGUCUAGAACAUCAGAAUCUUUUAAUAUUAUUGUAUUCCCCCUCUUGCAUGCACUAUACCUGGAAUAUGUUUAUAGAGUUUUAGUAAAGGGCAGUGUAGAGUAUUUUAGUAUAAAGUAGGUUCUGAGGGACAACAAUGAGCAGUUAUUUAAAGAUAAUCAGAAAGGAACUUAAAAGUUGUCCUAGAAAACCAAUCAUAUCCUAUAUCGAAGCAUACCUUGACAUUUUCUAGGAAUUGUCUCUGAACUGUUGCUAUGUAGCCAUAAAUUUCUGUCAAUCAUGUUGGCUCUCAGUUUUUACUAUACUCAAAGAACUCUACCAUAUUUUUAGAUGUACACUCUAUAUUCAGGAUAGUGUUAAAAAGAGCUGAUGGCCAAGUAUAUUGACUCACAAUGGAAACAUUCAUUUGGAUGAAAGUUCAGUGGUUCAGCCUGUGAAAUGAAUCCCUUGAUUCAUUUCUUCUGAUUUUCUAGUAUGUACUUUGUUAUCUCAAAUGAUUAUCCCCUUCAAAAAUAUUGGUCUGUAUUUUGGUAUUGGUUUCAUUCUUCUGGCAUUGAUGAAAUAGUGACUAGAAAACAGUGUUUCCUAUAUGUUUGAGGUGGUUGUUUUUAAAGGGGAUGUGUAUCAUGCAUAUUUUCUUUGUUAAUAAAAUUUUCAUAAUCUCUGAAAACA